GAAGACCUAGGAAACGGCUCAGAUAAUGUCUCUUAACUUAUCCGGGAAAAAGUUUCUUGUAACUGGAGCUGGUCGUGGAAUAGGUCGAGCGGUCGCAAAAGCGUUAAGUGAACAUGGAUGUAAAGUGUAUGCACUUAGUCGUUCUAAAGGACCCUUGGACUCCCUAGCUGCAGAAUGUUCAAAUGUUCAUAUCAUCCAAGCGGAUGUUGGUAACUGGGAAGAAUUGAGGGAGAAACUGAAGGACAUAGAGGCUUUAGAUGGACUUGUUAACAACGCUGCAUUUUCCAAUGAAGCAACACAGUCCAGUCUGGACGUUUCAAAAGAAUAUUUGGAGAAAAUCUUUGCAGUAAACCUAUUUGGAAGUAUUAAUGCCACCCAAAUUAUUGGAAAGAAAAUGAUCGAAGCCGGAAAAUCAGGAUCAAUAGUCAAUGUUUCAAGCGUCUUUUCUCUACAGGCUGCUCCCGAGUAUCUGGCAUACACUGUAUCGAAAGCAGGUCUGGAUAUGGUGACAAGGCAGUUUGCAUUAGAACUUGGACCUCACAAAAUUCGUGUGAAUUCUGUAAAUCCAACUUUAGUUUUGACUGAAGGAGCUAAGAAUUUUAUCGCACAAGGUCAUCCGAUAGAAAACCUUUUCCUAGAACGAACACCAUUGCCACGCCUUCCAGAAGAAGAAGAAGUUGUCUCCCCUAUUUUGUAUUUUCUGAGCGAUAUGUCUGCGAUGGUGUCCGGAACAAUUCAUGUGAUCGACGGUGGAAUGAUGUCUUCUUUUGCGACAAAGAUGUAAUGUUUACUGUCUCUGAAAGAAAUUUAAUUUAUUGUGUAUUCUAAUUACCAGGCGUACGUUUGAACGAGACUAUUAUGCUGUGAAUGUGUCGUUUGGCAAUAUAAGACUGUAUGAAUGAAAAUAUAAAACUGAUGAUCAGCCUAUAGCACCGUGGAUGAAACUUUCUGUAGGGAAAUGGCAUGAGCAAAGACAUUAGGUGUAUUGAUACAUAAUACCCAAGAAGAAUUAUAUCGAUCAAUUUGUACAGAACAUUUUAUCCUAAGCGACAGUGCGACAAUGUGAGGUUUUACUAAAUCUCGCAUUGUGAAAUUGGUUUCGGGGAAUUUUCAAUUUCCAGUCGCGAGAAUUAAGAAAGACAUGUGAGAAUUAAGACGAUGAUUAUCGACUUGAAAACCUCGCGAUGAUUAUUGAAUCUCGCAUGUAUAUAUGUUUUUGCACGAGGCGACAUUGCGAUAACUAUAGCACUGUCGCGUGUUGGAGAAGCGAGAAUUAAAGUGGCACGAGCAGGAUUCCGUCACUUAUUUACAUUUUUCCUUUUACUCAUCAUUGAAUCAAGUCAAACUUCCAUUAGUAAAUCUGCAUGUACAUAAUUUUUCAAAAGAAGCUGAGAAUUUGAAAAACACAAGAUGUGUGCAUGAUAUUAUAUUUUCGACAUUAAUCCCUUUUUUACAUGAUGUUUUUAAUACAGUUUGUUAACAAAUACUAUAAUGUAAAUGUAUAUAAUAGAGGACCAAAGGAAAGAUUGGUCCAUGGCCAACUGUGCUUCCUCCACAGAUAAAGUCUUUAUUAUUAUUAUUAUUAUUAUUAUUAUUAUUUAUUUAAUUUGAAAAAUUGUCAAAUCUUAGCGUUGAGUCGUCAGCAUAUCGAACCGAAAGAGCAUGUUGAAAUAAUUAUAGUUGCGACAACACAGGUAUUAUGGAAGAAAUACGACAAUGCAGAGACUUGAAACAGAAACAUCUCCUAAAUAUACUUUAAAUGAUUAUUGUAUCUGCAUAAGUUGAUCAAGAAACAGGCAAUUUCUUAAAAGAUAGUUAUCAUCGAGAUACAGUUUCACAUAUACAUAUUUCCAUGUGAAGUGACUUUUGUUCUUGCUUUUUUUUGUGUUGCCAUGUGAAUUUCUUUAUGGUCUUGAUUGAUUUAUUUUGAUAGUUUACAAGGUUACUAUAAAUUGUAACUCCAUUGUUAUUACAUGUAUCUAAUUUAUGUUAGACUAUUUUGAAUUUGACUAUUUUGACUUUAAAUGCAUCAAUGAUUGUUCUGAUUUGUUUGACUAUGCCCCUGGGUCAAUGCUUACAUGUGUAAAAUGAUAAAUGUGCACAACAGCGUUUAGUGUGUGACCAUAGUCGAUUCCGAAUUGUUUGUGCAUUCUAGACGUUUGGCUAUUUUAGGUUUUUGAAUUAAUUUUAAUAAAAGACAAAAGAAAUUGCAGUAUUCGAGCUUGUUUUUGUAUCUGGCAAGCAGCCAAAAUACCACCACCCAAAAUAAUUGAAUGAAUGUCAAUACAAUCUUUUUUCCAGUUUGCUUCAAAUAUUCUAGCCGGUAUUUCAUUAAAUAUCAAUUUUUUUUUAUUUUUU